UACGUUUUUCUUGUGCUUGUCUUGGUUAUCUUUAACUAGCUCGCUUGGGCUGUUUAAAAUUGCACAUUUCUGUACAAAUGAUUAUUUAAUUUAUUUUAACUUAAAUUAUUUAUAGUAGCGGUCAACUGAUCAGUGAAAAUGGAGCUUUCCGAUGAAAAUCUAAUAACACUGUCCCAGUACCUUCAACAGACGUUAAAUCCUAACAAUGAUAUACGGCGUCCUGCGGAGAAAUUCCUUGAAACUGUGGAGGGAAAUAAGAACUACCCUCUUUUAUUACUUCACCUUGUUGGAAAAGCUGAAAUGGAUAUGACCAUCCGGAUUGCUGGUGCUGUUGCAUUUAAAAACUAUGUGAAAAGAAAUUGGAAAGUGGAUGAAGACGGAAAUGACAGAAUCCACCAAGAAGACAGAGAGGCUGUGAAACAGAACAUAGUAAAUAUGAUGUUAGUCUCCCCGGAGGCCAUUCAGAAGCAGCUUAGUGAUGCUGUGUCAAUCAUAGGGAAAAGUGAUUUCCCAGAAAAGUGGCCCAACCUUAUAACCGAAAUGGUUGAGAAGUUCGCAUCAGAGGACUUCCACAUAAUCAACGGAGUCCUGCAUACGGCACAUUCAUUGUUCAAACGUUAUCGGUUUGAGUUCAAAUCACAGCAACUGUGGACUGAAAUCAAACUAGUUUUGGACAGAUUUGCCAAACCACUAACAGAUUUAUUUGUGGCAACAGUUGAAUUUACAAAAACACACGCCAAAACAGAAGCAGAGUUCAAAAUUACCUAUAGCUCUAUUUUGUUGGUAGCAAAGAUAUUUUACUCCUUAAACUCCCAGGAUUUGCCUGAAUUUUUUGAAGACAACAUGGGAGUUUGGAUGAACCAUUUCCACUUUCUGCUAACCAAUGAAAUCGCCUGUUUGAAAACUGAUGAAGAUGAAGAGGCUGGUCUUCUGGAGCAGUUGAAAUCACAGAUUUGUGAUGACAUCACGUUGUAUGCUCAGAAGUAUGAUGAAGAAUUUAAAGAGUACCUGCCUAACUUUGUCACAGACGUUUGGAAUCUUUUGAUUUCAACUGGCCAACAACCAAAGUUCGAUGCCCUCGUGAGCAAUGCUCUACAGUUCUUGGCGACAGUGGCCGACAGGAACCAUUACAGACAUCUGUUUGAAGACCCGACAGUCCUCAGUAAUAUAUGCGAGAAGGUCGUCAUACCCAAUAUGGAGUUCAGGACGUCAGACGAGGAGCUGUUUGAAGAUAACCCAGAAGAAUACAUACGACGGGACAUUGAAGGAUCUGACGUCGACACAAGACGAAGAGCAGCCUGCGACCUGGUCAAGGUGCUGUCUCGCUUCUUUGAGGAGAAAAUGAUGACUAUAUUUGGCCAGUAUGUUCAGGCAAUGCUCCAGCAAUACUCAGCCGACCCUAAUGCGUGGAAGGCCAAAGACGCAGCACUGUACCUCGUCACCUCACUGGCCAGCCGAGGACAGACUCAGAAGCACGGCAUCACACAGACGUCCACACUCGUCUCUCUGCCUGACUUCUGCUCGCAACACAUCAUGCCAGAACUGCAGAAACCUGACGUGAACAGCGUUCCUGUUCUAAAGGCAGAUGCUAUUAAGUAUAUCAUGAUCUUCCGAAGCAUCUUACCAAAGGAGGUCGUUGUUGGAUCAUUGCCUCUGCUCGUUCUGCAUUUAAAAGCCAACAGCGUAGUGGUUCACACCUACGCCGCUUGUGCAAUCGAUAAAAUACUGCUUCUCAAAGAAAACGACAAAGCAAUUGUGACCAGUGAGGACCUGGCCCCUCUAGCCGCCGAGCUGCUACCCUCACUGUUCUCCCGUCUAGACCAACCCGGCUCUGAGGAGAACGAGUAUGUGAUGAAGACAAUAAUGCGGUCGUUCUCCACUCUUCAAGAGCGAGUCGUUCCGUUCCUCGGACAGUUACUGCCCAAGCUGACUGACAAGUUGACCUUGGUCGCACGUAACCCCAGCAAACCACACUUCAACCACUUCCUGUUUGAAACACUCGUCCUGUCCAUCAGGAUAGUGUGUAAAACAAAUCCUGCCGCAGUUUCCAGUUUUGAAGAAGCUCUUUUCCCCUUGUUCCAAAACAUUCUACAGCAAGAUGUACAAGAGUUUGUGCCGUACGUGUUUCAAAUACUGUCACUGUUGCUGGAGCUGCACGGCCAGGGUCAAAUCCCAGAGCCAUACCUCGCACUGUAUCCGUGUCUGCUGGCGCCCAUGUUGUGGGAGAGGAUGGGCAACGUACAUCCACUGGUCAGACUGCUGCGCGCGUACAUACACAAGUGUGCCCCGCCGCAGAUGCAGAAUGUGCUCAAAGUGAGUGGACUUCUAGGAGUUUUCCAAAAGAUGAUUGCAUCCAAAGCAAACGAUCACGAAGGCUUUUAUCUAAUGCAAAGUUUGAUAGAACAUUGUCCAAAUGAACUGCUCAGCCAGUACAUGAAAGAUGUAUUUUUGUUGUUGUUCCAACGACUGUCGUCUUCAAAGACCACCAAAUACAUCAAAGGACUUCUUGUUUUCUUCUUCUUCUACACAAUUAACUAUGGAGCGUCUAAUUUGAUACACCUGAUAGAUUCGAUUCAACCUCAGAUGUUUGGCAUGGUGAUUGAGAGGUUGAUGAUCGCAGAUAUACAGAAGAUCUCCGGUUCUGUGGAGCGGAAGAUCACCGCAGUAGGUUUGACCAAGCUGCUGUGUGAAGCCACGGAACUCAUCGAUGGUCCGUACUCUUCCUACUGGACCCCACUACUGAAAGUUCUGAUUGGACUUUUUGAACUUCCUGAGGACGAGAGUACGUACCAAGACGACCAUUUUAUUGAGGUGGAUGAGACUCCCGGAUACGAGGUGGCUUACUCACAACUAGCAUUUGCCAGCAAGACUGAAUAUGACCCUUUACAAGGUGUGGGUGACCCGAGGUUACAUCUUGCCCAGUGUCUGUCCAAGUUGUCUGUGGCCUGUCCUGGUCGUCUGCCUCCGCUGCUGUCCAACGGACUGACAGAAACUGACCGAGCUCAUCUGCAGAACUACCUGACGGCUGCCAACGUAACCCUUUCCUAGCUCGUCUGCACUACCAUAGCUUUAAGUUUUCCAGCUUGUAUUUUGUUAUAGUAAUAAAUAUUUUUUAAUAAAAU